GAUUUAUAAAACAAACUGUAAAAUAUCUAAAUUUUCUUCGAAAUCAAAUUUGUAAGCGUUUUAUUUAACCCUCAACCAGAAAAUUAAAAUGAACAUAAAGGAAGAAAUCGCCAAAACCUCCCUUCCUGUUGUUGAAGAUGGUUGAAACACUUUUCGAAGAUAUAUUUACUGUUACUCAAAAGGAUCCUGAUGGUAAAAAAUUUGAUAGAGUUAAUCGCAUUGAAGCACGGAGUGAGCAGUUUGAUAUGUACAUGCUGUUGGAUGUGAACACUGAGAUAUAUCCUAUGCGCGUCAAAGAGAAAUUUAUGAUGGUUUUAGCAUCUACUUUGAACUUGGAUGGGACACCAGAUACAGGUUAUUUCAUUCAGGGUAACAAGAAAUCACUUGCUGACAAGUUCGAAUAUGUCAUGCAUGGGAAGCUAUAUAGGAUCUCAGAGGAAGGUUCAGGAAAGCAUGUUAAAGCAGACAUUUUUGUUUCAUUUGGAGGACUUCUGAUGCAGCUGAGAGGAGAUCCAUCCAUCGCAGCUAAAUUUGAGCUUGACCAGAAGCUGUUCCUUCUCCUAAGGAAGGUUUGAUGUAAAGAAUUGGUAAUAUUAACCCAAUUUUAACUUUAAAAGGAGAUGGAGUAUUUGUAAGCUAAGCUACUGGCACGUUAUAAAUCGUGUGUGUGGCGCAGUUUCAAGGAUACAAAAGAAUAUAACUGAGAUAAUAAUAAUGGAGACCAAGGAAUGGAACUCUAUUUAUGUUGUUGAGGUGUGGGAAGCUAAUGUGCAGUUAUGAUCCUUGUAUCUCGUGAAAUUAAAGAAAAAAAUAUAUUUUCCUACUAGUAUUCUGUGAUGAACAAAAUUAGAACUCUUAUCAACUGGUAACAUAGUUGCAGUCCAUGAACGAACUGUUAUUAUCACGAGCCUUGUGUGUUUGAACA